UCCUUCCCCAACACUGAAAUGUAUCAGGUUUGUUUUGUAUGAAGUCUCACCUUGAAGGUGGACGAGAUCAGGCAGCAGCAGGAAGAGACAAAAGCCUGCAGACAGGCUAUCUAGUGUGAGCAGCACCUUUACAUUCCAUGCUGUCCCUACAGCCAGCUCGGAGUUCCUGGUACCUGACCAUGAGCCGCAGCCUAUCAGCAACACCUGUCAGUCACUGGUGGAGAUCACCCUGAGCCCAACCAAAAACAUUCGGACACAGCUGAAAGCUCAGAUGGAGCACCCCCUUCCCCUUAUGUUUUUGACUUCAAGGACUGUGUCGCAUCAGGGCUUCCUGCAGGGCUUGCAGCAGCCCGGUCCCUCAGUACUCUAGCAUUACAGAACCACAGUCUGUCACCCCCUCAGUCAACUGUAGUGGUGAGUCUUCAACCCCUGUCCCUGAGUUUAAUCAGGACCCUCCUGCAUUUGACCCCAAGCUCUCACCUUUCUGGGGAACCCGGCUAGCUGUUUGUUCUGGGGGUUUAGGGAGAAAGAAUCCCAAGAAAAAGGGUCACCCACAGAAAACCCCUUCUUGUUUGCACCUCUGGUUCUCAAUCUUUGGACAGUGCUAAUGUCCACACUGAAGUAGCUGUUCCCUGGUGUGCCAAUGAGAAUGUCCCCACCAAAGUUCCCAUUCUUCAGUGUACCAACAAAGACAUCCCCACCGAGGCUCUAGCUUUCCAGUGUGCUGAUGAGAAUGCUCAUGUUGGGGUUUCUGCUCCUGUCCCUCAGUGGGUCAAUGAGAACCCUGAUGCCACCAUUUUGGUUUCUGUUUCUGAGCAGAACAGCGUGCCUGCCAACACCCCAGAAACCAGCCUGAUUUCUCGGAGUGUCUGAGAAAAUGUCCCUGCUGUGGCAGUUGUUUCCUGGCGUGCUGACAAAAAUGCAUAUGCUGAAGCUUAUAUUCCCGAAUGGGUCAGGAAGGGUGCCGACACCGCUUCUUUUCCUAUUCUCGAGUGGGCUGACUGGGAUGCUGACGCCACCUCUGAUCCUGUCCACGAGCUGGUUGAUACCCCUAUCAUCUCUGUCCCUGAGUGGGUCAAUGCCACUGGGAUGCUGAUGCAGCCCUUGGUCCUGUUCCUGAGGAUGCUGGCACUGCUUCUGCUCCUGUUCCCUUGCAGAUCAGCAAGGACAGUGACACUACCUUCGUUCCUGAGCAGGUCAGCGUGGACAUCUGGUCCUGUUCCUGAUUGGGUUGAUGCUGCACUUGUUCAAGUUCCUCAGCAGGUCGUCACCACCUCUGAUUCUGUCCCUGAGGAGGCCGACUGCCUCACAGCCUCAUCUGCUCUUGCCUCCAGGUAUGUGGAGCCUCAGUGGCAGCUGUUAGCUGUUAACAAUUCAGCUAAUGUUAGCCACCUACUGACUGAAGGAUGUUUGGAUGGAUGGACGUACGAUCGUUCUGAGUUCCUCACCACCACUGUCUCUGAGUGGGACUUGGUCUGCUCUCUGCGCCCUUUGAAACAGAUGAUUCAAACCAUCUAUAUGGGCGGAGUUUUAACAGGAGCCAUCAUUUAUGGCAGGCUAUCAGACAGGUUUGGGAGGCGGUCACUCCUUAUUUGGUCGUACCUACAGCUGGGUGUGCUUGGCUGUAGCUCCGCCUUGUCUCCGUCAUACUAUGCCUACUGCAUUUUUAGGUUUCUUUGUGGGGUGGCAGUGUCUGGAGUCAUUCUCAACAGAAUCUCACUGAGUAUGGAGUGGAUCCCAACCAAAACAAGGGCAUUAGUAGGAACGCUCUCCUCCUUCUUUUUCGUCUUUGGUCAGAUGAUCCUGGCGGGGCUUGCCUAUUGGCUGAGAGACUGGAGGAAGCUGCAGCUGGCCGUCUGUGCUCCUCACUUUCUGUUCUUCGCCUGUAGCUGGUGGUUUUCAGAAUCAGCCCGCUGGUUGGUCGUGAACCAUCGGUCUGAUGAGGCAUUAAAGAGUCUUCACCGAGUUGCUCGAAUCAAUGGAAAACCAGAGGUGACUGAGAAGUUAACACUGGAGGUGCUCCACUUUCACAUGAGUAAGGAGAUUGAGUCAAGUCAAUCAUCGUUCACAGCUUAUGACCUGCUGAAGACCCGAAGAAUGAGACGCAUCUCCAUCUGUCUGAUCGCUGUCUGGUUCUCCACCAGUUUUACAUACUAUGGUUUGUCAAUGGACCUGCAGAAGUUUGGAGUGAGUAUCUACCUGAUGCAAACCAUCUUUGGAGCCAUAAACUUUCCUGCCAGACUUAUGGCACUGGCCAUGAUGAAUUACCUAGGGAGGAGGGUCUCUCAGGCCACCUGUCUUCUCCUGGCAGCCCUCGUCAUCUCCACCAACAUUUUCAUCCCCACAGAUAUGCAGAUCAUCAGGACCACACUGGCGUGUCUUGGUAAAGGUUUCACUUCAGGCUCCUUCAUCACCGCCUACCUGUACACCGGAGAGCUCUACCCCACCGUCAUCAGGCAGACAGGAAUGGGCUUUGUCUCCACCAUGGCGAGAGUCGGCAGCAUGGUGGCCCCGACUGUCCUGAUGCUGGACGAGGUACUUCCUGCUCUGCCCGGUUUGGUAUAUGCAGGGACAGCAGUGUUAGCUGGCUGCUUUGCCUGCUUCCUGCCAGAGACGAUGAACGUCCCACUGCCCGACACCAUCGAGCAUGUGGAGAAAAAGUGGUUCAGAAGAAGUCCCACCCACAGACAGAAAGAGGACCUGUCUGUAAAUGGGGUGGUGCCCUCGGAUUAUGCCAGUGAGCAUCACUGUGGUGUGGUCUUUGUGGAAGGUGUGGAUUUAAAGGAACAGAAGGAAACAGCACUCUGAACAAGCAGAGGCCAUAGAGUAGUGGAGAGGGAGGGUUUUUCCCAGUUUGUGCCUGUUUAAAGUUAUUCUUCAAUGAAUUUUACUGAAUGUGGUUCAAAUGAUUUAGUCUGUUUCUAACUCAUUUGUAAAUCCUAUAUUACCCACAAGCACCAGCUGCCAUUGUCAAGUAGAAGACAGAGGCAUGACUGAGAACAAACCAUGUGGUUACUAACCAAAGAUUUCAUGGAAAUAUUAACUAUUUGAUUUAACCAGUAAUAUAUCACAGAGCUGAGAGAGUGUGAUUUUUUUCAUUAAUGUUUUACUGCACCUGCUUCAUUACACAGUGUAUCUGCAAUUACAGCUAGCUACACUCCUACUUACAUUUUUGUACAACAGAUGCCCUUAAAACUUUAACUGCAUAGGCACAUCAGUGUGUCCUGUUAUGUCACUGAAACAAUAACAGAAUAAAAAUAUUGUUGUCAUGGCAACAUUUCCAAAAUCUCAAACCUACUGGGAGAAGGUUUGUCCUCAGGCUUAUUUAAUGUAAACAAAAUAACCUGUAUGUCAAAUUCAUCCAUCUUUCAUCCAGUCUGUGAUUUUUAUCAUUCAAUUCUUUUAUCUUGUAUGUGUAGCUGUGGGCCCCAGACUCCUCCCUACGAGCCUUUGUGUUCUUGGACAAACCCAGUGUUUUGGAAAGCUCUAAGCUUUUUAACAGGAAACUCUGUCUGAAUCUUGAGCCCAUUUAGGAAAGUGCUUAACAUACCAGAAAUCUCUGUAUGUGCUCCCAUGUUUGGACUGUAACAGUAUCUCUUAUAAUAUAAGCAUAAUAUCAGUUAAUACAGGAAACAUGGAUAGACUAGAACCACCAACUUGACAUGAGCAAAAAGCACACAAAAAAGUUUUGUUUGUGUGGACAAUUACUGCAGUAGAAUGUUUUUACCAGCAGAGGUCACUGUAGGACCUUGUGUGCAAC